CACACACACACACACACACACACACACACACACACACACACACACACACACACACACACACACACACACACACACACACACACACACACACACACACACACACACACACACACACACACACACACACACACACACACACAAGCUGUGAGGAAGCUGCUGUUGAAAAUUUGUCAUCAGAUAGCUCUUGGAAUGGUGUAUCAUGCAUUCUUAGCACAAUUUCGUUUAUUGAGACCUGGCUGCCAGGAACUGCAUGUGAGACACUGAAUUAGUUAGUGUACUUGCACAGUAACAUGAUGAUUCGCACAUAUCUAAUCAUCACAAUGCAAUCACAGUCUUUAAUCCUCAUAUGUUGGAUUCAAAAUUGAUGGUAACCUCAAAGUUGGUGAUUUUGGUCUAGCUGAGGACAUGUAUGCGCAAGGAUACUUCAGACAGAGUCAAACUGAGGGAGUCCAACUGCCGUACAAAUGGUUAGCAGUGGAGAGUCUAAAAUUAAAUGAUGUCAUCUUCAACGAGAAGACUGACGUGUCCAGUGGUUGUAUGUAUAUAUAUGGUGUGACUGUGUGGGAGGUAUUCAGUAGUGGCCGGACUCCCUACCCUGGAGUGGACCCAAUGUCCAUGGUGGCUCUACUCAGAGAGGGCAAGAACUGCCUGCUCAACAGAUCGAAUGGUCUCGCUGAUGACCAGCUGUUGGUACAGGGAUUGUGAAGAGAGGCCAUCCUUCGAUGAGCUAGCAGCCAAGUUGGAGAAAGUUCUGGAUUAUCUUGAUUGUAGAUACGUAAAUCAAUAGAAGCGUGCGUUUUGCCAAUCCUGUAGUACAUGUGCGUAAAAUAACACCUCUACAUGUAUGAACACCUCUAAUGCAUGCGUGUAUACUGUAUUAUGGUAGUUUGCAUGCCCUGGACUAUAUAGACUAUAAAUUAUAUAGCGCAUAUAAACUGUAGCAUUCAGACAGCGAUGUAAUGCUUUCUCCACCUCCUCCGAUAGUACCGCCUGCUCUACCGACUUCACUAACAGUCGCUAGUAUCAAUACAACACGUUACAAUAUCACAUGGACUCUCACUCACACCACACCCGAUCAACAAGCCUCCACCCUGUUCAUUAAUUACCGUCUCCCAACCGUCUCCUGCCAUCAUUCAGGUGCCCUCCUCAGUCAGUGAGAUCUUUGUUUUUGAGGUGGAGCCUGGUAAUGAUUACACUCUCUCUCUGACAGCUGCCAAUGUGGACGGGAGUGUCAGCACUGAUCCUGUAGUGUUCACCACUCCUGCAGCAG